AUGGCAGUGAUUAAUGCAUCGGCAUUUGGAGUGGUUGCAAUUGUCCUCCUCUUUUUCGCUGUCGUUUUGCCCAUGGCUCAUGCAACCAGGGUGGCUCCGGCUCCAGCUCCAACAAGCGAUGGCACGGCAAUAGACCAAGGGGUAGCAUACGUUCUAAUGGUGCUGGCAUUAGUUCUCACAUAUCUCAUCCACUGA